UAGAAGGCUUUCAUUCAAAAGCCAAACCAUUAAAUGAAAUGUCAAAAUAAAAAACAUUUAUACAACUGUCAAAAAUAAGUAUAUACAAAAAGAAAAAGAAAAAAGAACGAGGACGGCGACAGCAUCCCAGUCAGAAAGACAGGAGCCUCUGUUUAGACUCCUUGUCUGCCUGCCCAUCUGUGGUCCUGUGGAGAAGCCCUGACCUCUUUCCUUAUAGAUAUACAGUCCACAACCUGACUUCACUCUGUCCCCUGCCUCAUGGUCUAAGUGGCCAGAUGAUCCUGCCGCCUCUUAACAUUGUUGCCACAAAGACAGUCAGAAGAAAGUAGACUUGGUGCCAAACUGUGUCUCAGAAGUCUCUGAGGCUGGGAAGCAAGAGGCCAGGAGUUUGAGAUAUGCCCUCACCCCCCAAUGAUGGAGACAAUCAAAGAACAUCCCCCAUGAAAAUGCCACCAGCUCUAACCAACCAGAAUGGAGUAAAGAGGAAAGUGCGCAGCAAGAAGAAGAAGAAGGGAUUCAUCACAGCCAAUGUUGUAGGAACAAAAUAUGAGAUUGUUCGUAUUGUCAUUGAGGAGCUGACCUUUCACAAAGCCAGAGAUGAUGACGAGACAGCCAAUCUCAUCUGGAAUGACUCUGCCGUGCAACAUGAGAAAAUCGCUGAGCUCAGGAACUAUCAGAGGAUAAACCAUUUCCCAGGAAUGGGUGAGAUCUGUCGGAAAGACUGCUUGGCAAGGAACAUGGCCAAAAUGAUUAAAAGUCAGCCUCAGGAAUAUAGCUUCAUCCCCAAAACCUGGAUCUUCCCAGCUGAGUGCACACAGUUCCAAAACUACGUAAAGGAGUUGAAACGAAAAGGCAAGCAGAAAACUUUCAUCGUUAAGCCUGCGAAUGGAGCCAUGGGCCAUGGGAUAUCUCUAAUUCGAAACUGUGAAAAGCUUCCAGUCCAGGAUCACUUCAUUGUACAGGAAUAUUUAGAUAAACCCUUCCUUAUGGAGGGCUACAAAUUUGACCUGAGAUUCUACAUUCUUGUCACUUCCUGUGAUCCACUACGUGUCUUCCUUUACAACGAUGGCCUGGUGCGAAUGGGCACAGAAAAGUAUCACACGCCAAAUGAGUCAAACUUGAACCAGCUAUACAUGCACUUGACCAACUAUUCCGUGAACAAACACAAUGAAAACUUUGAGCGUGAUGAAACUGUGGACAAAGGCAGCAAACGGUCAAUUGGCUGGUUCACGGAGUUCCUUCGGAUUAAUGAUUAUGAUGUGGCCAAAUUCUGGGGCGAUGUAUCGGAGCUGGUGGUGAAGACCCUGUUAGUGGCUGAGCCGCAUGUGCUCCAUGCUUAUCGCAUGUGCCGUCCUGGUCAGCCACCAGGGAGCGCCAGUGUCUGCUUUGAGGUGUUGGGUUUUGACAUAAUCCUCGACCGCAAGCUCAAACCCUGGCUCUUAGAGAUCAAUCGUGCCCCGAGUUUUGGGACAGAUCAAAGAUUGAUUACGACGGUGAAGAAGGGGGCUUUACUUAAUGCCCUGAAACUGCUCAACAUCAGAGCGAGUGAUAAACGGCGGAAUCUGGCCCAGCAGAAGGCAGAAGCCCAACGCAGACUCUACGGACAGGGAUCCAUGCGAAAACUGACAGCCGGGUCUUCGGAAUGGGAGAAACAACGCCACUUACUUGAGCGCAGAAGAGAGGAACUGAAAGAAAGACUGGCUCAAGUCCGCAAGCAAGUCUCCAGGGACGAGCACGAAAAGCGGCACCUGGGGAACUACAGACGUAUUUACCCCCCAGAUGACAAGCUGCUCUUGGAGAAAUAUGAGAGUCUCCUUUCAGCUGCCUUUCAGACAUUCCUCGCUGGGCGAGCAGCUUCACUUCAAAAGGAAAUGAAUAAUCCACUGAAACGAAUGAAGGAGGAAGAUAUACUAGAUCUUCUGGAGCAGUGUGAACUUGAUGAUGAAAAACUGAUGGGAAAAACCUCCAAACAGAAAGGACCCAAGGUCCUGUCAUCUAUGCCUGAGAGCAGCCCAGUGCCCAGAGGGCACAGAGACCCUGAAGACUCCUCGGCCAGCUGCAGCGACAGCAGCUCUGCUUCUGACGCUGAUGGAGAAGAUGAGAGCAGCAGCUUCAUGCAGGAGAAACUCAAUCGCCCUGAACGCUCCAGUCGUGUUCAUUGGAAACCUUCCCCUAAACCAGUGCGGGGUCCUUCCUCCUCCCCUAAUCUUUCUGGACUCAUCCGCCGCUCCAUGUCCUGUCCACGCUCCAUAUCCUCUCUGACUGCGCAGUCACCUACCAAUGAGACCAGGCAGCCAAAAACAGCCACUCACAUGGCCAACGCGUUGACUGCUGCAGCCACUCAAACUGCAGCCACCAUGAUGCAGAUGACUCCAGUUCGACCCCACACAGCAUCUCGUUCCCAGUCGCUGAGUCGCAACUGCUCUACAAAUAGAGUUCCACACAGCAGCAGUCUAGGUGCCAUUCACCCCAAUUCGGCGCAGGGGGAGACCCCACUGAGUAAAGAGCAGGAGGCCGAGCUGAUGCAGCAGACACUGACCGCGCUCGGGGAGAUGAGGAUUCGUUACCCGGGGAAGAGCGAGGAGGAGGCCGAGGCUGUGUUGGAUGAGAUUCUGAACAACUGGAAAUACCAUAAACCAAAAGUUGCGUCUUACUGGCUGGUGAAGUUAGACGCUACCAAACAAAGAAAGGUUUUGGAUAUUGUCCGUACCAAUAUCCGCUCAGUUCUGCAGAGAAUUUGGAGUGAACUAGAUGUGGAAAGUCUACGUCUGUAUCGACUCUUCAACCGUGUGUUUAACCGUCUGCUCUGGAGCCAUGGUCAGGGGCUCUGGAACUGCCUCUCCACCUCUGGGUCGUCGUGGGAGUGUGUUUUUAAUAAGACCAGUGAGGUGGUGAAUGCGCAGGAGCUGAGGUGCUGCCAGCGUGUCGUACAGUUGUGUAGAGACUGUCUACUUAUCGUCUACAAGUUUGUGGCCGACUCUCGCGGUUCACUCAGUGGACUUAGCCCAGACUGGGAUGACACAAGGUAUCUGCUGCCAGUCACCUCCCAGUUCAUCAUCAAGUGGCCAUCUUCUAGCUUCGGCCGCUCUUCAUCUUCAACGCGCCCCCGCAGUGUGUUUACCGCACGAAUGGGCCACUUCUGAUGACCCACAACCUGCUGGGGGAGAGAAUAUUCUGACCUGUUUUGCAGGGCGUAAUGCCUGGGACCUUCAACAAACAUAUUGAUGGAGAUUAUUUAAUGCAUAUGAUCGAGCAGUUCUCUGCCUCCUUGUCUGCUGUAAAAAAAAAAGAUCUGCUGCUUUGUUAUGUUUCUUAGGAUGCUUGCAAAUAAAUUCAUAACCUUCUCAUCUUUACAAAGACUUCUACAACAGAUUACAGCGGAUUGUUUCAGGAUCGUGGGUUCAGGAAAGACUAUAUUCACUUUUCUUCAUUGACCAUGGUGUUAUUUUACUUAUUAAUACACAACAUGGCGCGUCUUUCUUAAUACUCACUUUAGCUUUUAUAUAAUUUAAUAUUUAUUUACAAUUGGCCAUUUACACAGGAUCUCGAUAGAAAUGUGAAAUGCAAUGUAUGAAUGUUAUCACUCGAUUGAUUGGGCAUUAUCAGUGGUUAUCAGCUGAUAGAUACUGGGAGCCUUACAAGGCUUUUAUCAUCAAUCCACAUGGUCAAUCAGCUAUAGAUCACAUACAACUGCUAUUUAUUAAAUAUCCCAUUAAUUGUAUUUUAUUAACGUCUACCCCUAACCGCAGCGGCAGAUUUAGUGAUCUAGAGGCCCUAAGCAACUCCAGCCAUGGGGCCCCCAAGCCCUGAAAUAAAUAUAAAGUAAAAGUAAAAAUUCUUUUUUUUUUUUUUUUUAAACUUCUUUUUUUAUAUCACUAAAUCUUCAUUUCUACGUUUUAUUUUAAUGUAAGCUUUACAUUUUGAAUAAUUAGAUGUCUUAAAUUGAAUUUACAACUAAAAUUAUGGAACGUGCAACGACACAUGCACUCCGGUGUUCGCUGCGACCCAGGUUUGAUUCCUGCCUCGAGGUCCUAUGCCGAUCCUUCCCCUCUCUCUGCUCCCCACACUAUCCUGUCAAUUGUCUCUACUGUCCUGUCAAACUAAAAAGGUGAAAACCCCUAAAAAAGUAAUUAUUAAAUAAAAAAAAAACAGAUCUGGAUCUUGAGUCUUCUCUAUUAUUAUAGCUGAUUAACCAUGAGAAUUAUUUAUAAAAAAUUGCUAUUGUAUUUUAUUAACAUCUACCCCCACCCCAACACAAAACACAACUGUCACAGUAAUGUAAAAACAGAUCUGGAUCUGGAGUCUUCUCUAGUAUUAUAGCUGAUUUACCACGAGAAAUAUUAAAAUUAUUUAUUAAAUUUGCCAUUAAUUGUAUUUUAUUAACGUCUACCCCUACCCUAAACCCAACCGUCACAGUAAUGUAAAAACAGAUCUGGAGUCUUCUCUAUUAGUAUAGCUGAUUAACCAUGAGAAAUAUUUAAAUUAUUUAUUAAAUUUGUCAUUAAUUGUAUUUUAUUAACGUCUGCCUCUACCCCAACCCUAAACGCAACCUAGAGUAAUGUAAAAACAGAUGUUGAUGCCUAUGGCGUAGUGGAAAGUGCACUGACACAUGCACUCCGGUGUUUGCAGCAACCCGGGUUUGAUUCCUGCCUCGAGGUCCUAUGCCGGUCCUUCCCCUCUCUCUGCUACCCCAACAUGAAACGCAACUGUCACAGUAAUGUAAAAACAGGUCCGGAUCUGGAGUCUUCUCUAGUAUUAUAGCUGAUUAACCACGAGAAUCAUUCAAAUUAUUUAUUACAUUUGCCAUUAAUUGUAUUUUAUUAUUAUUUAUUUAUACGUCUACCUCUACACUAACCCUAAACCCAAUCAUCACAGUAAUGUAAAAACAGAUCUGGAGUCUUCUCUAUUAGUAUAGCUGAUCAACCAUGUGUAUGAAUGAUAACAGCCUACCAGUUGGCGCAGAAGGCCCCUACUUGCCCAUAUCUAUUAGCUGAUAACCACUGAUAAUGCCAAUUCAAUCAAGUGAUAACAUUCGAACCAGGUGAAAAUAGCCUCAUGUGUUAUGAUGGCCACAUGAGGCCAUUAUAUGUGAGACUAAAUGUGAGACUAGGAAUUUGGAAUAUAAUGUGAGACUUGUCUGUUACUUUAGAUUUACCAACCAGUUUGAUUUAUUCAUUCAAAAUUUUACAUGUUACAUGUUGUUGCAUGAAGUCUGAAAGAUCACAUGCAAAAGACUAUACUUUUAAAAUACUGGAAUUCAUGUUAUUUGAGUGCCCUUCCAAGGAAGAGAAAGUGUUAAGAAAUAGAAUUGGGGUUGUAAGGGUUGGUUUAGUGUUUUAUCCCUAUUAAGGUUAAGAAUUGUAAACGCUUGGAGUAGAUGCUAGGUGUUAUACUAGAAUAUAGUUGCCUGUUCUGAAUUUAAAGUUGAGAUCACCUAUCAACUUAAGGGAUGCAAGUUUGUUUAAAAAAAAAAAAUAGAAAAAAGAGCCAUAUUGUGUAGAUGCAAAUAUGAACCUCAGCAUCUGAGCUGUCCGAUGUCUGUCCUAGCAGUGUUGAGAGGGUUUUUCAACAUUGCUGCUGAUAGAGUGUGUUUGGGUAAAUUCUCUGAACUCAAUGUGCUAAAACUCGGACGGCUGCAUCUUGAGGAUACUUGAAUUAAUUUAUGCUAAUUAUUUUAUUAAAAUGUUUACAUUUCAUUUGAAGGAUUUGUUUAUAUGCUUGUUCGUUUUAACCAUGGCAUUACCAGUCCCAGCAAGCGUUUUUUUUUUGUUUUGUUUUGUUUUUUAAAGAUGUACAAUAGAUGUCAUAACAUAGUCGUCUUGGCUAAAACAAUGCUAAUUUGGGCUGUCAGUGAAAAUCUAAUCGACAUCUAAGAAUAGGCCAAAACUAGACUAGUCAUCAAAUGAACAGAACACAUAUAAAGUCUAUCUAAUUGGUCUAUUUGACGACUAGUCUAGUUUUGGGCUAUUCUUAGAUGUCGAUUAGAUUUUAACUGACAGCCCAAGCCUUGUUUUAGCCAAGCUGUCUAUGUUUAGAUGUCUAUUAGACGUCUAUUAAAGACAAAAUUGUUUGCUGGGGUGUUUCAGUCAUUUUAUGAACAGAUUAACCUUUAAUGAAAGUACUGUACAAAAUGCUAAUUGCAGAGCUUUGCUUUGAAUCUGAUUAAAGUAAAUGUUAAUGUAGUGUUGUAGUAAAAGUGACCUGGAUGUGCCAGCUCAAACCACACUGUGCCAACACUACUCAGCAGUGUUGUUGAGGAGCUCUGUGUGAUUGUUGGUAAUAUCAAUCAUUUAAUAUCAUUCAAAGUUUAUGGAAUUGAGAAUGUGCUGUUUAAAAACUGGCUGCUGUCUUUUCUUUCCUUCCCCCCUCCUUUAUUUUUUCUGUUUGUUAGUAAGAGAACUUGUAGUGAUGGUGUUCAAAUAGCUAACUGUUUAAUUACUUCUGGAAACAGUGAUCACCUAUUCAGCACACCGUUUCAGUAUUCAUUUUCCUUUUUUCCAUCAUGUCACAAUGCCAAAUAUUAUUUUUGCCUGGAUUUUCAUUCAGGAGAAUGGUUUUAAUAGCAAUAAAAGGCUUAAACAUCAAAA